AUGACCACACAGGGCCAGAACCUGUCCCGCUCCUGCAGCCGACUCCGAGCCAGCAGAGCUGUGGUCCUGGUGGCAGAGCCCGUGGUGAUGCCGUUUUACUGGGACUUCACAAUGCUGCUCUUCAUGGUGGGCAACCUGAUCAUCAUUCCCGUGGGCAUCACCUUCUUCAAGGAGGAGACCACGGCGCCCUGGAUCGUGUUCAACGUGGUCUCUGACACCUUCUUCCUGAUGGACCUGGUGCUGAACUUCCGGACGGGGAUUGUCAUUGAGGACAACACGGAAAUCAUCCUGGACCCGGAGAGGAUCAAGAAGAAGUACCUCAAGACCUGGUUCGUGGUGGACUUUGUCUCCUCCAUCCCUGUGGACUACGUCUUCCUCAUUGUGGAGAAGGGCAUCGACUCGGAGGUGUACAAGACAGCCCGUGCCCUCCGCAUCGUCCGCUUCACCAAGAUCCUCAGCCUCCUGCGGCUCCUGCGCCUCUCCCGGCUCAUCCGCUACAUCCACCAGUGGGAGGAGAACGACUCCUGGAGCGAGCUGUACUCCUUUGCCCUCUUCAAGUCCAUGAGCCACAUGCUCUGCAUCGGCUACGGCAAGCAGGCGCCCGAGAGCAUGACGGACAUCUGGCUGACGAUGCUGAGCAUGAUCGUGGGGGCCACCUGCUACGCCAUGUUCAUCGGCCACGCCACCGCCCUCAUCCAGUCGCUGGACUCCUCCCGGCGCCAGUACCAGGAGAAGGAAAUUGUGAACUUCAACUGCCGCAAGCUGGUGGCCUCGAUGCCGCUGUUUGCCAACGCGGACCCCAACUUCGUCACGGCGAUGCUCACCAAGCUGAAGUUUGAAGUGUUUCAGCCGGGCGACUACAUCAUCCGCGAGGGCACCAUUGGCAAGAAGAUGUACUUCAUCCAGCACGGGGUGGUCAGCAUCCUCACCAAGGGCAACAAGGAGAUGAAACUCUCAGAUGGCUCCUACUUUGGAGAAAUCUGCCUGCUGACCCGCGGCCGGCGCACGGCCAGCGUCCGGGCAGACACCUACUGCCGCCUCUACUCGCUCUCAGUGGACAACUUCAACGAGGUGCUGGAGGAGUACCCCAUGAUGAGACGGGCCUUCGAGACGGUGGCCAUCGACCGCCUUGACCGCAUCGGGAAAAAGAACUCGAUUCUGCUCCACAAAGUGCAGCACGACCUCAACUCGGGCGUCUUCAACAACCAGGAGAACGAGAUCAUCCAGGAAAUCGUCAAGUACGACCGGGAGAUGGUGCAGCAGGCGGAGCUGCAGCAGCACACGGCCAUGUACAGUCCCGUCCAGCCCCAGGUCACCUCCGCCAUCGCCACCCUCCAGCAAGCCGGAGACGCAGGACAGAGCAGCCUCGCAGGCCAGUGCCUACCGCAGCCUCCACGGCAGCUGGCAGUCCAGAGGUAG